AUGAUGAUAGUAGAAUUGCUAGACGCUAGGAUCCACAGGAUAUUGUAUCGACCUAGCUUGUCAGAGAGCAUGCCAGGGAUUAUUUGCCCGAAUAAACUAUUAGAAAAGGCGUGUAUAAGUAACCAUUCAGUUUUUUUGAUUGGUAUGAAUAAGCCGAAUAUAAAGAGGAAGUCUGCUAGAGCUAUAGAGAUGCUGGCUUGUGCUGAUCAUAAAGGCAGCAAUUCCCAUAGCCCAUCCAAAACCAACCUCAGGGAUGAGGUGAUUGACCGUAAUAGGGAAAAUGACGCCGCUGGUACUUGA